AUGUGGGGCACGAUGGAAAACUCAAUUGUCACACCACCACCACGCACUAUUCCGUUUAAUACACCGGCUUUGCAUCAUGUGCCACCCGCCCUCUCGUUUGGAUUUGGCUGUGGAAGUGUAUGGGGCGAGACGCAUACGUCGCCAGCCCUCGCGGCAGAGGCGCCGCAGGCAUCGCAUAUGUCCUUCUCUCCUGCGCGCAUGAUGCCGUCUCAGGAGACAGGACGUCCUGGGCACAAGCGCCGUCGCAACUCCAUGGACAACGAUGCGGACGUCGACGACGAGUCGGACAUGUUGUUAUCCCUUGACGACCCUGCCAAACGUCGUCGAGCUGGUCGAACCUGCGAUGGACAUGCUAAACGGGCGGCACCGUCUCAUGGCGGCGAUAUUGGCCGCUCCUUGGCUACGCUUGAAAAGUCGGCGCUCUUAACAAUUCUGCUUGAGCUAGCAAAAGACGAGUCUACCGCCGAACGUAUCUAUACCCUUCUCCCAGCCCCGACCGUGGAAAAUGCUUUGGCUAGUCUGCAGCAAUACGAAUCACGGAUUCGUUCGUCGUUGCCGAUGAGCACCACAGGCCACGUUCGCGAGCAGUAUGUAUGGGGCCGCGUACGUUCGACGUUGGAUGAGUUGGCCUCCGACUUGGCGCGAUACCUGUCGCUUUUCUCACCGUCUCGCCAGGCAAGCCGUGACAUGCCUCCUAUUCAUCCUACAGAGAUGUUUUCGUUCCUUCAUACGGCUACACAGUGCAUGCUCCGUAUUGCGCACAUGUUGCCCUGCGAUGGGGCUGAAUUCAAGCGCGUACCGUCGAGCUCCCUAGUGAAAACAUUCCGAAACUCUCUCACUAUAUCCUCGGACGCUCGGGAUCCGAUGGCGCACACCAUUAUUCCUAUGUUGCUUCGAGAAUGGCAGGCAUGGCUUGUAUGUAUGGACGCGGCGGUCAACAAAGAAGCACGUAUGUAUGGCCAAGAAGUCGUGUUGUCCUGGUGCCGUGGACUAGCCAUGCUUAGUACUUGCGCCUCUGAUCAAACUGAGACGCCGACUGAGGCCGCCGUGCACGCAGCCAUGCAUCAAGCCGCAGAACAAAUGCAUACCUCCAUUGGCUGGCUUGUUGGUCCUGCUCAUCGCGCCGCCUGGGAUGUGCCUACGUCGCAUACCGCGAUGGACGAAGGCGACGGUGCCUAA